UUGCAUGGGAGGAAAGAAAAGCACCCUGAAUUGAGGCAAUGCGCGUACCCUGAGAUUGCCGCAUGCUGCUGCGCCGGCUUGACAGGGUCGCCGGAGGUCGCGGCUUAGCGUGUCGUCCAUAGGCCGUUGGGACGAGAGCCGGCAGAGGAGAAGGUAACAAAUGGAGGAAUCGGAUGAGGGCCGCGAGGCGACGCGACGCACCCGGGGCGACGAGCGGCGAUCGUCGCGGCACGGGCAGCACCACCACCACGAUCACCAUCACCACCACCACCACCACCGCCAGCAUUCCCCCGCGCACUCUGCGGAGAGCGGGUCGAGCGGCGACGAGCGCGAGAGGGGAAGGGAGGAGCGCGGGAAAGGGCGGGAUGGGCGGAGCGAGGGGAAGCGGAGGCGGGAUGAGGGGAAGGAGCGGGAGAGGGAUUGGGACAGAGGGUCGGAAAAGGACGGAGACAGGUUCGGGCCGAGGGAAAGGGAUAGGUCCGGGAGCGACAGGGAGAGAAGGAAGGAUCGGGAGCGCGAUGGGGAGAAAGAAGGCCGCAGGGAGAGAGGGAAGGAUAGAGAUGGGGAGAGAGAGAGAGAUAGGGAGAGGUACAGGGACAGGGAUCGGGAGAGAGAUAGGGAGAGACAUAGGGAUAGGGAUAAGGGGAAGGAUCGGAGAGAGCGGGAGAGAGAAAGGGAGGGAGACAAGGAGAGGGAUGGGGAGAGGCACAGGGAUAGGGAUAGAGAUAAGGAUCGUGACAGGGAGAAAGGCAGAAGUAAGGAGAGGCAUAGGGAUAAGGAUAGGGAGAAAGAUAGGGAGAAAGAUAGGGAUAAGGAUAGGGAGAGGGAGCGGGAGGAGAGAGAGCGGGAGAGGGAGGAGCGAGAGGAGAGGGAGCGCGAGGAGCGGGAGGAGCGCGAGCGGGAACGGGAGAGGCGGAGUGCGCGGCUGGAAUCGCUAAAGGCGCUGACGGGCGGCAAGGGCGAGCGCAGCGAGAGGCGGCGGGAGAGGGCGGGGGCGAGGCGGGAGGAGAGGGAGGGCACGUGGGAGGCGAAGCCGGGGAGCGCGGGUGGCGGGGACGGGGAUAGAGGAGGCGAGGGGGGCGGGGGGAAGGGAGGAGAGGGGGCAGGGAGCAAGGGCGAGGAAGGGGCGGGGGAGAAAGGGGCGGAUGGGGUGGGGGUGAAGGCAGCGGAUGGAUCUGGGGGUAAAGGGGGGGAAGGGGCGGCAGGCGAGCCCCAGGAGUCUGGCUUGCGCAAGCUGAGGCUGAAGCUGUCAGGUGCUUCUCCAGGCGCGGCAGUGCUCAAGGUGCCGCGCUCAGGCCCAGCGCACUCCAAAGGGAGGGCGGCAGCAGCAGGGGGAGGGGCGGGUGGGGGGGCGGAGAGUGGAGGUGGGGAGAGGAAGAGGCGGCACCGACUCAUUCUGCAGGAUAACUCGGACGAGGAGGAGGAGGAUGGCGACGGCGAUGGUGGGGGUGGCGCCGUGUCGUCCGCUGCUGCUGCUGGGGGGGAGAGGGGGAGAGAGGCGGAGGAGGAGGCGGAGGGGAUUGGAGGAGCGGAACGGGAAGGGGCAAUGGGUGUGGUGGGAGGGGAGGAGGAAGAGAGGGAGGGGGAGGAGGAGAAGGUAGAAGAGGAGGAGGAGGAGGAUGAGGAGGAUGAAGAGGUCAGGGGAGGGAACGGGAGGUCGAGGAGAAAGCGACGAAAGAUUGUAGAGUUGAAGGAGGAGGAGAGGGGGGAGGGCGGCGAGGGGGAGAGGGAGGGCGAGGAGGAGAGUGGAGGUGGGGAGGAGGGCGUGCAGGUGGUGGAAGAUGGAGAGGAGGGCGAGGAGGUGAGGGGGGAGGAGGAUGUGGAGGAGAGGGAGGAGGAGGUAGAGGAGGAGGAAGAGGGGGCAGAGGUGGAGGAGGAAGAGGAGGAGGAGGAGGAGGAGGGAGAGAGGGAUGGGAAGAGUGUGGGGGAAUUAGACGAGGGGGAGGGGGAGGAGGGGGAGGGGGACGUGGUGUAUGAGAGUGGGGGGUCGGAGCUGGGGGAGGGGUCGGCUGCAGCAGCAGCAGUGGGGAAGGAGAGCCCACGGGACACUGCAGCUCACCCUCAAUUCGCCUUGGACCCCUCACAAGCCCCACGGCGCAGUCGGCGCAGCAUGAAGCUGCCGGCGCCCUCCUCCCCCUCCUCCGCCGACCAGGCUGCGCGGGCGGCGGCAGAGGUGGAGGCAGCGCGGCAGCUGAAGCGUGAGGAGGCCGCCCGGCGCCGCAAGCAGCAGUCGGAGCGGGCGGCACGCGCCGUCCAGGAGAAUGCUAUCCAGAAGAUUCUGGGGCAGGACGGGUCGAGGAAGCGGCGGGAGCAGAAGAUUCAGAAGAAGCGGCAGGAGGAGGCCGAGGAGCGGCUAGCAGCCAGUCAGGUGCCGCCACCUGGCUUCGUGCGGAUGCGGUUCACAGCAGGGGGGGUGACGGUGGCGUGGUCGCCUGACUCAGAGCAGCCCGUCAUGUUCGUCGCCCAGCCGCCACUGCCUAAGCCCCCCCUUCGUUCCCUGUGUGCAGCAGCGGGGUGUCGCAACCCCUUCCGCUACCGCGACUCCCAGACCCACCUGCCCCUCUGCUCCCUGCACUGCUACAAGACUAUCCACGCCACUCUCCCUGCUGCUGCUGCCGCCCCGGCUGCUGGAACCUAGUGUUCAUAGGUGCUGUGAACACAAGCAGCUGCCCCCCCCCUGUUCCACUGCUGCUGCUGCUGCCACCGCAUGCAGGGGUGGUAGCAGCAGUAUCCUGAUAAUAACCCUGUGAGAAAUGUGCGGUGCGAUUACAAUGGAGAGUGGAGGUGCACGGCCUGGGAAGGGAAGGAUGCGAGAGCAGGCACAGUGUAGGGUGCACUGUGUCUGGCCUCGCCAGUGGUUGUAUUUGCCCUGCUUGGCAGGGCUUUCUGCUAAUACGAAGGAUUUCAUAUACAUA